AUGGGUGUCAUGAAAAAAGCAGGUUUAGCGUUCGCAGCCUUGCUUUUAGCAGCUGUACUCCCACCAGCACUCGCCGAUGAGGUCACGUGGGAGAAAUGCAAGAACACCGACGUCCUCAGCUCCCGUGCCCUCAAGGCGCGCUCCAUGAAGACCCACAGCUGGGACCUCAAGGCCACCAGCCUCUACCUCUCCCAUUGCAACAUACCUCACCUGGACUAUGUCUUCAGCGGUCUUCCUAAAGUUAAAACCAUCGUUUUAAGCCACAACAAUUUACAAUUCGUCAACCCAGGCAUUUUCAAUAAAGUAUCCGGGCUAUAUGAACUGGACCUCUCGUUCAACAGACUUAGCACAGUACCUGAUUUUGGACAAGAUGGUCUUUUUGAAAGCAUGAAGAAACUAUCGCUCAGUAAUAAUAGAAUAUCUUUACUCCUUAAAUUGGAAACAUUCUCAUCCAUGCAACUAUUAGAAGAGCUAAACUUAGAUAACAAUGUUAUACGUCAUAUAGACGCUGAUGUUUUCAAACCUUUGGUCAAUUUAAAAACAGUCAAUUUAGCUUCUAAUAAAAUAUCGUAUAUUCCUGAAGGAAUAUUCCAAAAACAGUCUUUACAGACUAUUUAUUUGAACGAUAAUGCAAUCGGAUAUGUAUCACCAACAGCAUUUGGAAGUAAGGUUAAAACAUUGGAUUUGUCCGCUAACCGACUUGCAUAUUUGCCAAAGGACUUUGUAUCAAAACUGACUAGUGACGGAUCUAGGUUAAUCAACUUCGAAUUAGCUUCAAACCCUUGGCAAUGCGCGUGUCUCCUGGAACUGCUCCAUGAUGUGAAGAAACUUGGCGUGUGUGACGAGUACUAUAAGUACGUGUUCGAUGGAGAGAAACAUUUAUGCAUUGCUCACGAGCAGACGGAGUGCAACAGACCAAGCGAUGAUGAAGCGCUGUUGUCUGUGGAACUGGCAAACGAUUAUAUUACUCGUACGAAACCUUAUCCAGUUUGCGCUUAA